CUCUUGAUACAGGUCUGAAUAACACAUAUUUACCCAACAUUAAAACAGAUAAGAUAAAUUUUUGCUACAGAAAAACGGAUCCAAUAUAGAUUUUUGUAAUUAUAACAAAAAGAGUAAUCAAUGUUAGUAGUGUACCAGUUUUUAUUGAUGUAGUACUUUUAUAAACAAAAAAGGAUUACAGUGAAGUAACUCAGUUUUGAAUUAAUUGAAAAUGAAAAACCUCGGAAUUUUUGCAGUGUUUACCAUUCUAUUAAUCUAUACACAAGCUGAUUCUGACGAUUUUCCAUUAUGCAAAGCAUGUGGCUGUAGUUUUAAUUCCAACAACACUGAAGCUAAUGUAACCUGCACGAAGCCAAAUACGAACCAAAUCCUACAAGAUUACUUCUGGAUCAAAAAUGGAACCAAUGACUCGAUACCGUAUAAUCGUGUUGUGAUAAACAACGACAAAUUUAUUAACUUCACUUACGUUUUCCCAAGUUCUCAGUUAGUUUAUUUGAAUUUGGCGUACAAUAGUAUAUUUAAUAUUUCCGAUAGUAUUUUCAAGAACUUACAAAACAUGCAGGUGCUCAUUCUUAGUUACAACGACUUGGAAAUAAUCCAUCCUGAUACCUUUAAGGGUUUAUAUUUACCAGAGAGAUUAAUGCCCUUAAAAAGUCUUAGAGAAUUAAGGCUGGACCACAACAAAAUCCAUACACUUAACCAAGAUACUUUUGAACAUACAACAGAUAUUCAAAUUUUGGAUUUAAGCUAUAAUCCGUUUGAAGUAAUUGAUCACCAUACUCUUCUAGCCAUCAACAAUUUAUUAUAUCUAAAGGAAUUGUAUCUUCAAAAUACUGAAAUCACAACCUUGCCUGACAACAUGUUGCAUACACCAAAAUAUCUAAGGAUUUUAGAUUUAUCAGGAAACCACGGCAUUGAAAAAAUACCGGAAACUUUGUAUCAAGCUAGAAGUCUAGAAAAUUUGUACCUAAAUAACACUGGAUUUGUCAACUUAACAGAGAAAAACGGAUUCCCAGAUCUGCCAUCUCUUCAAGUACUUCAUCUGUGUAGAAACGAGCAUCUACAUCGCCUUGCAAGAUUCGCUUUAGCUGGCUUAACAAAUUUGACAGAUCUGAGACUUUGCGAUAAUAUUGACUUAACUACCAUAGACGAUUUUGCUUUCGCCAAACCGACUAAUAUUAGUGGCGGUGUUAUCUGGCCACCUCUUAAAAAGCUUUAUAUUGGAAAUAACAAAUUGUCUUAUAUAGACAGCGACAUCGUGGCCCGUUGGGACUCUUUGACCGAAUUAGACAUUAGAGACAAUCCAUGGACUUGUGAUUGUGAAAACCAAUGGCUAAUAGACGAUUUAAUGCCUAUUUACAUUAAACUUGAUGAAAAUGCCGCUAAGCAGGUUAUGUGUGCUGCUCCUAUUGAGAUGGAAAAGACUUCUUUCCAUCACCUUUUUGUUCGUCAAAGCCAGAUGAGAUGUUUAGACACUUAUGGACAUAGACCAGAAAAGGACGGUCUUCUACUUGUAGGAGUCUUAACAGAUAACGGUACGGAAGAGACCAGGAAAGCACCAGACGCAUUACCAGAAUCAGAUGAACCACUCAAAUUAAUUUUAUACCAUGAGCAAGCAAGUGAUGAUGAUUAUGUUGAUAUGAAUGAUAUUUAUGUUGAACGCACGAACGCCUAUUACAACUUACUUGUGGAUUUACUGUAGGUAUUUUAGUCGCAAUUCCUGCAGUUCUUCUAAUGAUACUUGCUUACCAGAAAAAAUGGUUUAGCUUUCAAGGUAUUUUUGACAAAUCUCCGGCUUCAUAUUCAAGAAGAUUCUAUGCUGACACUGCUGCAGAUGAUUUUUGAAAACUAUAUUAAAAGUGUGCUUUUUGUUAUACAUUUUUUAGGUUGUUUUUAAGUUAAUUAAAUCUUAUAGAAUGUAAGCCAUACAUAAUAGAAAACAUUUUUUAAAAAAUGUAUGUAAAAAAUAUGAUUUUGUUUAUUAGUAUACUUUAUUUACAUUCUUAUUUUAAUAUUAUAGCUAUAAAACAUUUUUAAUAAAAGAAUUUCUUUUU